AUGAAAUCCAGUCUUGAUGAAGAAGUCUUUUUUGACAAGAAUGGAGAUACACCAGCAAGUUAUGAUAUUAUGAACUGGCAACUGGAUAUGGAGGGCUCCAACAAAUUUGUAAAGGUUGGACUGUUCAAAAAUGGUAAACUAUUCAUCAAUGAAAGCAUCAUAAUAUGGAAUGGAGGACAGACUCAGGUUCCUGUUUCAGUUUGUAGUGAGAGCUGUACAGUGGGUUACAGAAAAGCCUCAAGACAGGGCCAGCCAGCUUGCUGUUUUGAUUGCAUACAAUGCUCAGAGGGAGAAGUUUCAAAUGGAACAGGCAUGAGUGACUGCAUAAAAUGCCCUGAAGACCAGUGGCCUAACAGCGGAAGAGAGAAGUGUGUUACAAAAACAGUGGAGUUUCUGGCAUAUGAAGAUCCUUUAGGUUCAGCUUUGACUUCUGGAACAGCUGUUCUACUUUUACUUAACUGUUUUACAUGUAUAACUUUUGUAAAAUUUCGUCACACUCCAGUUGUCCGUGCAAACAAUCGCAAGCUCAGUUAUAUACUUUUGUUCGCACUUACACUUUGCUUUCUUUGUGCUCUGAUAUUCAUUGGCCAGCCAAAGAAUAUGACCUGUAUACUGCGGCAGGCCAUGUUUGGCAUUAUUUUUACUCUCUGUAUCUCAUGUGUGCUUGCAAAAACAAUCAUGGUUGUUAUUAUUUUUAAGGCAACAAAUCCACACAGCACUCUGAGGAAUUGGCUUGGGUACAAGUUACCAUCUGGUAUUGUAUUUUCUGGGACACUUGUUCAGCUUGUGAUUUGUAUCAUUUGGUUGGUUUGUUUUCCACCAUCUCUAGAACACAACAUGAAAACCAUAACUGGAAAAAUCCUUAUUGAAUGCAAUGAUGGCUCAUUAUUUGCAUUCUGGUGCAUGCUGGGAUACAUAGGAGUUUUGGCUAGUGUUAGUCUUGUGGUAGCCUUUCUAGCUAGGAAGUUGCCUAAUGAUUUCAAUGAAGCUAAGUUCAUAUGCUUUAGCAUGUUGGUGUUUGUCAGUGUCUGGUUAUCCUUCAUCCCAGCAUACCUCAGUACCAAAGGAAAAUACAUGGUCGCUUUAGAGGUUUUCGCCAUCUUGUCCUCAAGUGCCGGCUUAGAAAUUUGCAUCUUCAUCCCUAAGUGUUAUAUCAUAAUUUUCCGACCUGAUCUGAACACAAGGAAAGCAACUGUUAACAAGUAGACUUAAUACGUUUACUUGUG